UUGAUUAUUGGUCAAUACGCCAUUUAAACCCACGCUCUCUUGCCAUCUAGGGUUCCUCUGGUCUAGGGUUUUUCUCGGCGACAUUCGAACUCCUCGGCCGAUCUAAGGUGAGCUGUGGUAUAAAAAAAAUGUUUACGGCAAGGAGGAAAAUUCAAAAGGACAAGGAAGUUGAGCCUACUGAGUUUGAGGAUUCAGUUGCACAGGCCUUUUUUGAUCUGGAAAACACCAAUCAGGAGCUUAAAAGCGACUUAAAGGAUCUGUACAUCAACACUGCUGUUCAAUAUGAUAUAGCGGGAAACAAAAAAGCUGUUGUUAUCCAUGUCCCAUACCGGCUUAGGAAGGCCUACAGGAAAAUUCAUGUUAGGCUUGUUCGCGAGCUGGAGAAGAAGUUCAGCGGAAAGGAUGUGAUAUUGGUUGCCACUAGAAGGAUUCUGAGACCACCAAAGAAAGGCUCAGCUGUUGUGCGUCCUCGCAGUCGCACUCUAACAGCCGUGCACGAAGGAGUACUGGAAGAUGUAGUCUAUCCUGCAGAGAUUGUCGGGAAACGCGUCCGAUACCGAAUUGAUGGUGCCAAAAUUAUUAAGAUCUUCUUGGAUCCGAAGGAGAGAAACAACACCGAGUACAAGCUGGAGACCUUCACAGCAGUUUACAGGAAGCUUACUGGCAAAGAUGUGGUUUUUGAGUAUCCUGUCACUGAGGCUUGAUCUCCCUCCUAGCAUGUGUGUCAAUGACUUGGUGCUCUAGUUUUUUAUGCUGUUACUGAAAUUUUGAGAUUUGCCUUGUUGGUCCUUAUCUUGAUUACAAACUGAGUAAGUUUUAUUUAAAGAUGAAAUGUUGAGCUAUGGUGGGUAGUGGUUAUAAUUGUUAAAAUAACUAUGAGACUUUUGUAGUAGCUUGAAAAGAGUCGGAGCAAGUUUUUUUUCCUGAUUAUUGGUUUACAUUUUUGAAGUAGGUUGAAAUUCUGUGUCC